AUGUGUCGACGCUCGACAGUCUCAGAACGAGCGAGAGGCCCGCCAUCCAUCCGUCUGACGUCCCAUCCACUCUUUCUAUUUCCAUCUAGCAAUGCCCACGCGCUCCACGGAACACCCGCUCGCAGUGAAACCCAACCGGGCCACUCUCAACCAGACGAACCACUGACACUGUCCUCUGUACGGACACGCCGUGCGCCAGAAUGUGAUCAGCCAAGGCGACUCGGAUUGUCCUUCAACCGUGCGAAGUAUCCAGCGCACGAUGCCAGCCUCAUCAACCCACGACACUAG